AAUGACUCCCGUCACUAGCAUUCCUCACAGAAUUUUCGACAUUUGGAGAACUCCAAUAAACAUCAACACUUGUCGCAGUUUCUUGAAUAUCCACAAGUUACAGUGCUCAGAUUGCAGUUCAAAGUUCGAUUCGGAAAUCCCAUUUAUUCAGCAUAUUGAUGAAUGUCUCGAAAACGCAAAACGCGAUUUGAAUUAUCACAUGCACAUGCACGGAAAUCGUCUUUUAAUGAUGACUCAACGUGUUUCUGAAUUGUAUGAAGCAUCUGAGUGCAAGAAGUGUGGAAUGUGUAUGGAACGUUUCAACGAAGAAGCCGAAGUGAUUAUUCAUUCCAAACAAUGCACGAACUACAAAUCCGAGUACUCAACGUUCAUUCAAAAUUCAAAAGCUCUAUUUGGAAACAUGCUUACUUCAUAUGAUAGUCUCUGUAAUCUCUUCCAGUACUUUGAAACUGAUGAGCGCAUCAUUCAAAUUAGAGAGGAUCUAAAGCAGCCAUUGCCCGAAGGAGUUAUCCCAAAUUUGGAGCCUGUUGGACCUGAUCUUCAUUUCGAUGAACUCUCGGAGUACUUCAUUGAAAAGUACCAGGAUUACAUGAUUGACGUUUCGAAUAUGAUUGAUGUCGUCUUUGUUCGUUAUUUGAUCAAGAAACAGAAAGAUGAAAGAACUGGAAGUAUUGUCUACUCUUUCCCAACUAAAAGAAUGUCCAGAAGCAUUGAUCACAUGGAAGACGCUACUGACACAGAAACUUCCGAUGUUUCAGAGGAUGGACAGGUGGAGGAAUCUGAUUGGGAUGAGUAUGAUUCUGAUGAGUUGGACGACGGAGAAGAUAUCAAUAAUCAAAGUAUGGAGAUUGGUUACGCUGCUGAUGAGGAUCUUAAUGAAGAGUCGUUUGAAUAUGACGAGGAAAUGGUUGAUGUUGAAGCCAUCUAA